AUGUCGCCAAAUCCAAAGAACAGAGAAUUCGGCUUCGAGUACCUGUGGGUUGAUACGAACUGUAUCGACAAGGAAAGCUCUGCCGAGCUCUCAGAGGCAAUCAACUCAAUGUUCAACUGGUAUCAAGAAUCGGCUGUUUGCUUCGCUUAUCUCGAAGACCUUGACUUUGAGGAUACCAGUUUGCCGGAAAGCUCAGGCGACGGUAUCUCAAGUCAACAACGACGUUGGCGAUCUGAACUCGCUCGCAGUCGUUGGUUCACCCGCGGCUGGACAUUGCAAGAACUCUUGGCCCCGAGGCGGAUGUACUUCUUUGACAAGAGCUGGAGGAUCCUAGGAUCGCGGCAAGACUUUGCGCCUGAAAUUUCAAACAUCACCGGAAUAAGAAACGAGUACAUUUCCGGCGCCAAGUCAGUCUUGGACGCGAGCAUCUCGGAGGUAUUCUCCUGGCUGGCGGGCCGAGAGACGACACGUCCUGAAGACAUGGCUUAUUGCGUGCUCGGGCUUCUCGGUCUCAACAUGCCGUUGCUGUACGGCGAGCGCUCGGCGGCGUUUAUGCGCCUCCAGGAGGAGUUGAUCCGCAUCUCGGACGACCAGACAAUAUUCUGCUGGGCGUGGGAUCAUACGAUCCCACACGACUGGAGUAGUCUACUGGCACCAUCGCCUUCGGUCUUCAAGGGCGGCGACCGUUUCUUCUGCGGAUUAGAGACCGACGAGCACAUUGUCGGAUGGAUAAAGGCCAUAUCGUACUCGAUGACCAACGUAGGUCUGCGCAUCCGCCUGCCCACGCUCAAGAUGUCCGGUCUAGACCUUGCUGUGCUGAACGUAUCCGAGAGGAGAAGCGAAGCAGGAGAAGAAGACCCAAGCACAGGCCGUGUUUGCAUCCCUCUUCUGACCAGCAAUUAUGUCGGAACUUCAGAUGGCGUCUCGUCAUUGAUUGACGGUUCUGCGGUCGGCGCUCAACGAUGGCCGAUACCCGCACGACCCAUAGCUCUCUAUGAGUUGAGGAACAUAUACCCCUCCAGCCUACAAGAGUUCUGCAUUCAUCCGCUGCAACGGAACGCUGAAUUGUCGAAGUACGCUAUUUCACUCUGGUAUAAAGGAAAGCAUGGGUACGGAGCAUCGCAGAUGAUUAUGCCAAUCAUCGAGACAUGA